GGGAGGCGAAUUUGAUAUGGAAUUAAAUUUUGUGAUACAAGAUGCACAAAACAUUAAACACAUGCUGGAACUGCUGGAUCAUUGCCCGCCAAAUCUACAGGCUGAAAUCUGGAGUGUGUUCAUUGCUAUUCUACGCAAGAGCGUGCGCAAUUUGCAGGCAUGCACGGACGUCGGCCUAAUCGAACACGUACUGGUGCGACUGCAGCGCUCCGAAACGGUUGUGGCAGAUUUGCUCAUCGAAAUGUUGGGCGUACUCGCCAGCUACAGCAUCACAGUGAAAGAGCUCAAACUACUCUUUGGCACCAUGAAAGCAGUUAAUGGCAAAUGGCCACGUCACUCUGCCAAACUGCUGAAUGUGUUACGUCAAAUGCCGCAUCGCAAUGGACCGGAUGUAUUUUUCAGUUUUCCGGGACGCAAAGGAUCGGCCAUGGUACUGCCGCCGUUGGCGAAAUGGCCAUACGAAAAUGGCUUCACAUUUACAACGUGGUUUCGUUUGGAUCCUAUUAAUUCGGUGAAUAUAGAGCGCGAGAAGCCCUACCUCUAUUGUUUUAAAACAUCGAAAGGCGUUGGCUAUACAGCUCAUUUUGUUGGCAAUUGUCUGGUGCUUACAUCGAUGAAAGUCAAAGGCAAAGGUUUCCAACAUUGUGUGAAAUAUGAAUUUCAACCGAGAAAGUGGUACAUGAUUGCCAUAGUGUACAUAUAUAAUCGUUGGACAAAAAGCGAAAUAAAGUGCCUCGUUAAUGGACAAUUGGCGUCCAGUACCGAAAUGGCGUGGUUCGUUUCUACAAACGACCCAUUCGAUAAGUGUUACAUUGGCGCAACGCCCGAACUGGAUGAGGAGCGCGUCUUUUGCGGGCAAAUGUCAGCGAUUUACCUAUUCAGCGAAGCGUUGACAACGCAGCAGAUUUGUGCGAUGCAUCGCCUGGGGCCGGGCUAUAAGUCACAAUUCCGCUUUGACAACGAGUGCUAUUUGAACCUGCCGGACAAUCAUAAACGGGUGAGUCAGAACAACAACAACAACAACACCAAUAUCAACAAUAAAUCCACGACGGUGCUGCUAGCCGAACAAGAAGCUCAGGCCAUCGACUGGGCCGAUGAGAAGCUCGAUUUGAAUGCGGCUUUUUCGAAAAUUCGUGCAGUGCUCUCAGCGCGAAAUGCUUCUGCCAAUGCGGUGCUCAAUGCCUUGGGAGGUGUUGUGGUCGAUCAGACGGCGUCUAGCGGCGCCACUACGUCGGGUACCUCCACAACAUCAACAUCGACAGCGGCGAAUGCCAACAGCGCUAGCGGAAGCCAUGCGGCUGGCGCAAACAACAACAAUCAGUAUGGUAGCGUUGCGGGUGUAGCCGGCGCCAACGAUAACAACAAAAUCAUCUCAGAUCCUUUGUGUCAUUUGCCAACGGGGAACACGUCCUUUGAACAAUUGCGUCGUAUUUCGUCUACUUCCGCUGCUGGUUUGGAGCUUUUGAGGGGCUACUCCACUCAGACCGAAGAAAUUAAUCAGCUUAAAGCUGUACUCUACGAUGGUAAAUUGUCAAAUGCCAUCGUCUUCAUGUACAAUCCAGUGGCAACCGAUGGUCAGCUGUGUUUACAAUCCGCACCCAAAGGAAAUGUUUCAUAUUUUGUACAUACACCGCAUGCACUUAUGUUACAGGACGUUAAGGCUGUAGUUACACACUCAAUACAUUGCACACUAAAUUCCAUUGGUGGCAUUCAGGUGCUGUUUCCAUUAUUCUCGCAACUGGAUAUGGCGCAUGAGGGUAUUAGCGAUAUAAAACGCGAUCCAACGCUAUGUUCGAAACUUUUGGGUUUCAUUUGUGAAUUGGUUGAGACGUCACAAACCGUACAACAACAUAUGAUACAGAAUCGUGGAUUCCUAGUCAUUUCGUUUAUGUUGCAACGCUCGUCACGCGAACAUUUAACUCUAGAAGUUUUGGGUUCAUUCUUGAAUUUAACCAAAUAUUUGGUGACAUGUCUGUCGGCGAAUAGUGAUUUAUUGCUGAAGCAGCUGUUCUGUUUCUCGUUUCUGACGUGGCAGCUGCUCGAUCAUGUGCUCUUCAAUCCGGCGCUGUGGAUUUAUACGCCGGCCAAUGUGCAGGCACGCCUGUACUCGUACUUGGCCACGGAAUUCCUCAGCGAUACGCAAAUCUACAGCAAUGUGCGACGUGUUAGUACUGUUCUGCAAACGGUGCACACACUGAAAUACUACUAUUGGGUUGUGAAUCCGCGUGCAAAGAGUGGCAUCAUACCAAAGGGUUUGGAUGGUCCACGUCCAGCACAAAAGGAUAUCCUAGCGAUACGCGCUUAUAUUUUAUUGUUUUUGAAACAGUUAAUUAUGAUCGGUAAUGGCGUCAAAGAGGAUGAGUUGCAAAGCAUUUUAAAUUACUUGACGACCAUGCAUGAGGAUGAAAAUCUUCAUGACGUUUUACAAAUGUUAAUUUCGCUUAUGUCUGAGCAUCCCAGCUCCAUGGUACCUGCUUUCGAUGUGAAACAUGGCGUUCGUAGCAUUUUCAAAUUAUUGGCUGCCGAAAGUCAAUUGAUACGCUUACAGGCAUUGAAAUUGCUUGGAUUCUUUUUAUCACGCAGCACACACAAACGAAAAUAUGACGUUAUGUCGCCGCACAACUUAUACACACUAUUAGCGGAACGUUUAUUACUCUACGAGGAAUCGCUAUCCCUGCCAACGUAUAAUGUUCUCUACGAAAUUAUGACAGAGCAUAUAUCACAGCAAAUUCUCUAUACCAGACAUCCAGAGCCCGAGAGUCAUUAUCGUUUGGAAAAUCCAAUGAUCCUUAAGGUCGUCGCCACGCUCAUACGCCAAUCCAAACAAACCGAAUCACUAAUCGAGGUGAAAAAACUCUUCCUCUCCGACAUGACGCUUCUGUGCAAUAGCAAUCGCGAGAACCGACGCACCGUACUGCAAAUGUCCGUGUGGCAGGAAUGGCUCAUAGCCAUGGCCUACAUACAUCCGAAGAAUACGGAAGAGCAGAAAAUCUCCGAUAUGGUGUACUCACUUUUCCGCAUGCUGUUGCAUCAUGCGAUUAAACAUGAGUAUGGCGGAUGGCGUGUAUGGGUCGAUACCCUAGCCAUCGUGCACUCGAAAGUCUCUUAUGAAGAAUUCAAGCUGCAAUUCGCGCAAAUGUACGAACACUACGAGCGCCAACGUACGGACAACAUUACCGAUCCAGCGCUACGACAAGCGCGUCCCAUCAGCACGAUUAGCGGUUGGGAGCGCGAAGAGCAACAGCAGCAGCAACAUCAUCAACACCAUCAACAACACCAGCAGCAGCAGCAGUUGGAGCAUACGCAUGCGCAUCAUCAGCAGCACCAUCGGCAAGCGGCACUACCAGCGCCAGCAGUGCAAGAGGUGCAAGUGAAGGCUGCCGAGUCGGUGGGCUCACUCGAAGAUGUGCCGCCUGUGGAGGAGGAAAUCGAGUGCGAAGAAAUUGAGUCCACAACGCAAGAAGUAGCAGCGUCAACCGGUGUAAGUGAACCAACGAAUUGUGUCUGCGCGUCGGACGACAAAGCAACUGAACCAAAGUUGGUAAAGGAAACAUCUGCUGACGAGACGAACGUAAACGAAGACUUAACAAAGCCGAAAAUAUCCAACAUAUCCGAUGUGUACAACGAACACAUUAAAUCGGAAGUGAUAGUCACCAGUAUAGUUGAAUCGCCGGCAGUCGCUGUGGCAUGCAACGGUAGCGCUUCAUGCUCAUCGACAGCCGCAAGUGCGAACAGUACACCCUCGAAGUCGCCGGCGCCUAGCGGCGGUCACGAAGCAUUGUCACAAACGCUUAAUCUCAAGGCUGAGGAUCUGGAAGAAAUCGAAUUGGCCAACGCAAAGAUCGCUGCUGGUACAACCGACGAUGCCGAACAUGUGCAACAAGUGCUGCAAAGCUCUGAAAAGGCGUUGCAAGACUGCAAAAUGGUGGCCGAUGAGAUGCAGGAAGCUUCCUCUGUGCUAAAGGAUGAGGAAAUUGAAUUGGCGGUGAAUGAAGUAGUGCAAGGUGUGCUCAAGAAUGAAAAGAAGCAAGCGACGAAAGAACCAGCCACAGAUGAGACACUUGCAACAAACACUGAAUCUGCUGAGAAGACCGAAGAGGACAACGUAUCUUUACUGAAUACAAAGAACUUGUUAAAUAACAAUGCUGACAAUGAGGUUGAGACGACAGAAAGCAACAACAGCAACAGCAGCAACAACAAUAACACAACAGAAGUCAAAGAAGUGAAUGCGAACAAUGAUGCCAAUGAAAAUGAAAACUUACAAACCAACACAACAAACAAUGCCACGGCGGAUUUACACGCCAAGGCGCCUGUUAUUGAGACGCAACAAAAGACUGAAGACAAAAAAAAUGAAGUAACUAACUUAAUUAAUAACAACGCCAAUACUGCCGAGCCUCACGAGCCUGUAGAGCACAUAACCACAAAAUUAGCAAUCGUUGUUGCCAAGGAACACGACCACGAGCUAAUGGAUGUAAGCUCUUCACUUUCGACAACGGUUGAGACUACCGAGGAGAUCUCCUCACUCAGUCCCGAAACAACAGUAUCAAGUGCAUCCAUUACCGAAGAGAAUCUACUCGGGUUAUCUGAGCCAACACCAGCAGACAGCGAAAACAACAAAGUCGAGACAAUGGUGAAAGACAUUGUCGAUAAACUGAUAGACAAAGUGAUAGAUGCGAGUAGCGCGGAAGAUGUUGCCGCUAAAGAGACAAACAACAAUGAAAUUGUAGAUAAAGCGAAGGAUGAUAAAAGUGAAGAGGAAGCCGUCUCUGAAACGGCCAAGGAAAUUGUGGAAGAUGUGCUUACGUCCGCGCUGAACAAAGCCGCCACAGAGGAUACACCGGUUAAGGAAAACACACAGCUGGAAGAAGACACAGCAAAAGUGGAAAAUACUACAGAGGAAAAUGUUACGGGCAUUGUGCAGACAGUCGUUGAUGAUUUGCUGGCACAAACAGUGGACACCGUAGAAAAAACAAAUGAGACAGCGGCGUCACAAGCAGCGCCAACCGUUGAGACAAAAGCGGAAACCGAAACGCCAGAAGCAUCUUUAUCAGCGCCAUUAGAAGCAGCAAAGGAAAACUCUUUAGUAACCACAACGCUUCCGCCGGUAAAAGAGGUGGACUCAACCACACAAACAACGCCAAAGAAUCAGCCCAAUGAUGGCGCCGUUGAACUUUUGGAUAUGGAAGUAGUGGAAGAGCUGGUCGAGCAGACGGAAGAGGAGACACAAACGACACAUGAAGAGCUGCAAGGAGGUGGCAUGGUUGAGGCGGAAGAAAGGCUAGCCAAGCACACGACUGCCAGCACACAAGUCGAGAAUAAUCAUUUCGAUAACAAGCAUCCACAUCAGCAACAACAACAGCAGCAACAACAGCAGCAACAGCAGCCACAGCAACGUUCGAAACCAGGCUCAACGCGCCCAAUGUUUAGUCCUGGUCCAACACGUCCACCCUUUCGCAUACCGGAAUUCAAAUGGUCUUACAUACAUCAGCGGUUGCUAUCCGACGUGCUCUUCUCCCUGGAGACGGACAUACAAGUUUGGCGCAGCCACUCGACAAAAAGUGUUUUGGAUUUUGUGAAUUCGAGCGAGAAUGCCAUUUUUGUGGUAAAUACGGUGCAUCUGAUAUCGCAGUUGGCGGAUAAUUUGAUCAUCGCUUGCGGCGGUUUGCUGCCACUCUUGGCAAGUGCCACAUCGCCUAAUUCUGAAUUGGAUGUGCUUGAGCCCACUCAGGGCAUGCCACUAGAGGUGGCCGUCUCCUUUCUGCAACGUCUUGUCAAUAUGGCGGACGUGCUAAUCUUUGCCACUUCGUUGAAUUUUGGCGAACUCGAGGCGGAGAAGAACAUGUCCAGCGGCGGUAUACUGCGUCAAUGUUUGCGUUUGGUGUGCACGUGUGCGGUGCGCAAUUGUUUGGAGUGUAAGGAGCGUACACGCUACAAUGUGGGCGCAAUGGCGCGCGAUGUACCCGGAGCGGCACAUCUGCAGGCGCUCAUACGUGGCGCACAAGCGUCGCCCAAGAAUAUUGUUGAGUCAAUAACAGGUCAAUUAUCCCCAGUCAAGGAUCCUGAGAAGCUUUUGCAGGAUAUGGAUGUCAAUCGCUUGCGUGCAGUUAUCUAUCGAGAUGUGGAGGAAACCAAACAGGCACAGUUCCUUUCACUCGCCAUCGUCUACUUCAUUUCCGUGCUCAUGGUGUCCAAAUAUCGCGACAUAUUGGAACCGCCAGCGGAACCGCAAAUCCAGCGCCAAUCACCCGUAAUGCAACGUUCUGCAGCCGAACCCUCAGGUCGCCCGCUCUUCCCCCAGUGGUCGCACCAUGUGUACCCACAAUUCUUGCCCAACAAUUCUCAUCAAAAUCACAUGCCUUCGGCGACAACAACGACAACAUCGAAUGUACAACAGCAACAGCAAUCGCAAACAUUGCAUCAACAUUACUACCAGCAACAACAGCAGCAGCAGCAGCAACAACAAAUGGCUUCAUCGCCACACCAGCAGCAGCUGGCACAACAGCACAGCUACAAUCAUCACUAUGCCUCCUUGCAACAACAACAUCAGCAGCAGCAACAACAACAACAACAGCACCAACAUCCAACAUACUACGGUGAGCAACAACAGCUGCACAAUCAUACAAUGAGCGGCGGCAGCAGCAACGGCAGCAGUAAUUACGCUGGAAAUAUAUCACCGCCAUUGGCCACACAGUCAACAAGUUCCUCGGCCUCGUCAUCGGCCACCUCACAGCCGGCAUCCUCGUCGUCAUUGUCGAGUUUGGCCUCGCAGCCAACAACACGUCAUCACCAGCAACAGCAACAGCAUCAGCACGCACAUCAACAUGUUGCCGCACACCAGCACCAGCGGCAUGCACAGAAACAUCACUACCACCAUCAACAGCAACAACAACAGCCACCGCCACAACAAUUCCAACAGCAUUAUGGUAUGAUGAAUGGCAUUGGCAAUCAAAUGGUUAACGGUGGUGGUGGUGGAGUAAUCGGUGGCAACAAGAGCAUGCCACAAAAUGCAACAAUGACAGCCAAUAGCCAUCAGCAACACUUUGUUGGCAAUGCUGGCGAUAUGAACGGCAGUGUAUACCACCAAUAUAUGCGGCCAAGCGGCGUCAUGAUGAAUGGUGGCAGUAUCGCUGGUAAUGGCGGCAGUGGCGUUGCACAUCAGAACGGCAUCGCCGUCGAUUAUCACACACAUGCGCAUGCACAUGCCACCGGUGUUGGUGGGGCAGUGAAUGGUGCGUCUAACAACAAUAGCCUCGUUCUAAGCAACAGUAACUGUAACAGUAAUGGCAUGCGUGGCAUUGCGCUGCGUGAUGCCAGCACGGGUAGCAGCGGUCAUAUGUUGGGUGGCGUUGGCGUCGGUGUUGGUGUUGGUGUUGGUAUUGGUGUUAGUGUUGGCGUUGGUGGUGUGGGCGUAACAACUGGGGCCGGUAGUGGUGUCGUCAGUGGAGCUGCAACCCUGCCAUAUAAGAAUAAUGGCUUGAAUAACAAUUACCGUUACAAUGGACGCACCAAUAUCGGAACAGGCGCACGUACAAUACAAGAUGGGGACUAUGAAAUUAUUGUUGUGGACGAGAGUAAUCCAUCGGUGUUGGCGGAUAAUGAUUCCCACUCAAGUGGACCGCCCUCAAUUAAGAGCGUCGACUCGGAUGUCGGUUCGUUGAACAUGAAUUCCACGGAGAACGAAGUUCCUGAAGUGGAAUCGUCGAGUGAAAUUCUGGCUGAUGACAACAAGCCAACAAACUCGAAUGACGAAAGCUGGACAGAUGUCAAUUUGAAUGAGGAUGCGGGUGUGCAGGCCACCGCAGGUGGUUUAUUAUCGGGUGGUGGCAUGUCAGUGGUGGAUGUGAAAAUGCGUGACAUCGACGCCCUGCAGCAUCAAACACAUCAACAACAACAAUCACAACAACAGCAACAGCAACAACAACAGGCGCCGACAGGACAUGGCCAACCGCAGGGUGCUCAGCUAAUGCAAGCACAUCAUGGCCAUCAGUUGGUGGGUGCGGGUGGUGAACGUGGCGACAAACCCGAUUCGGAAAUAUCGGUUGUACGCGUACCGGACAGUUAUGCAGCAACAUCCGGCGCAUCAGGUGCGGGCGUUGCCACGGCUGCCGGCAAUGUGGGUCAGCGUGGCACACGCUCUGAUGAGCUACAAAUGAAACCACCACUCGUUGGCCAGCUGCCGAUGACAACGCCCUCGCGUGAGGCGAGUCUUACGCAAAAGCUUGAGGUGGCUUUGGGUCCGGUGUGCCCGUUGCUACGUGAAAUUAUGGUCGAUUUUGCGCCGUUCCUCUCAAAAACACUCGUUGGCUCACAUGGUCAAGAGCUGCUGAUGGAGGGUAAGGGCUUAACGACAUUCAAAAACUCGCACUCCGUUGUUGAAUUGGUGAUGUUGUUGUGUUCGCAAGAAUGGCAGAAUAGCCUGCAGAAGCAUGCCGGUCUCGCCUUUAUCGAAUUGAUUAAUGAGGGUCGAUUGUUGUCGCACGCCAUGAAGGAUCACAUUGUGCGUGUCGCCAAUGAAGCUGAAUUCAUAUUGAAUCGUAUGCGUGCUGAUGAUGUGCUCAAGCAUGCCGAUUUCGAGUCGCAAUGCGCUCAAACUCUACUGGAGCGACGCGAGGAGGAGCGCAUGUGCGACCAUCUAAUCACUGCGGCACGCAGACGUGACAAUGUAAUUGCUAGUCGUUUAUUGGAGAAGGUACGCAAUAUUAUGUGCAAUAGACAUGGUGCCUGGGGCGAUGCCAGCGGUACUGUGCAGAAACAAACUUUCUGGAAAUUGGACGCGUGGGAAGAUGAUGCGCGUCGCCGCAAGCGCAUGGUGCAAAAUCCUCGUGGCUCAUCACACCCUCAGGCUACAUUGAAGGCGGCCAUCGAAAAUGGUGCCCCCGAAGAUGCCAUUUUGCAGACACGUGACGAAUUCCACACACAGAUUGCUGUCUCGCGUGCACAUCAGUCCACACAGCAUACAGCUGAUCUCUUGGAUGACGCCGAGCUCUUGAUCGAAGAUCGUGAAUUAGAUCUUGACUUGACUGGGCCGGUGAACAUUAGCACUAAGGCAAAACUCAUUGCACCCGGUGUAGUCGCUCCGGGUACUGUGUCCAUCACUAGCACUGAGAUGUUCUUUGAAGUUGACGAGGAUCAUCUCGAGUUCCAAAAGAUCGACCCGGAGGUGUUGAAGUAUUGCGAUCACCUGCAUGGCAAGUGGUAUUUCUCAGAAGUGCGCGCCAUCUUUUCGCGCCGCUACUUGCUGCAAAAUGUUGCAUUGGAAAUUUUCUUAGCCAGUCGCACCUCUAUACUCUUCGCUUUCCCCGACCAACAUACGGUGAAGAAAGUAAUCAAGGCUUUGCCACGCGUUGGUGUGGGCAUCAAAUAUGGUAUACCGCAAACUCGACGCGCUUCGAUGAUGUCACCACGUCAACUGAUGCGUAACUCCAACAUGACACAGAAGUGGCAACGGCGCGAAAUCUCGAAUUUCGAGUACCUAAUGUUCCUCAACACAAUAGCGGGACGCACCUACAAUGACCUCAAUCAGUACCCGGUCUUCCCAUGGGUACUCACCAACUAUGACACCAAGGAACUGGACCUGAGUUUGCCUUCGAACUAUCGCGAUCUGUCUAAACCGAUUGGUGCGCUGAAUCCCUCUCGACGCGCCUACUUCGAAGAACGCUACGAAAGCUGGGAGAGUGACACAAUACCACCAUUCCACUAUGGCACACACUAUUCGACUUCAAGUUUCACGCUCAAUUGGCUGGUACGCGUUGAACCGUUCACCACCAUGUUCUUGGCUCUGCAAGGCGGUAAAUUCGAUUAUCCCGAUCGUCUAUUCUCCUCCAUUUCACUUUCGUGGAAAAAUUGCCAACGCGAUACAUCCGACGUUAAAGAACUCAUACCUGAGUGGUACUUCCUGCCAGAAAUGUUCUAUAACUCAUCCAGUUAUCGGCUAGGGCAUCGCGAAGAUGGCACACUCGUCAACGAUGUCGAGCUGCCGCCCUGGUCUAAGAGUCCCGAAGAAUUUGUGCGCAUCAAUCGCAUGGCUUUGGAAUCUGAAUUCGUUUCGUGCCAAUUGCAUCAAUGGAUCGAUCUGAUUUUCGGCUACAAGCAACGUGGGCCCGAAGCUAUACGCGCAACCAAUGUAUUCUACUACUUAACCUAUGAAGGUAGUGUGGAUUUGGAUGCAAUUAACGAUCCCGUUAUGCGUGAGGCAGUUGAGAAUCAAAUACGUAACUUCGGUCAAACACCCAGCCAACUCUUGAUGGAACCACAUCCACCACGCAGUUCGGCGAUGCAUCUAUCGCCCAUGAUGUUCAGUGCAAUGCCUGAUGAUCUUUGCAUGUCGCUGAAAUUCUACCAGAACUCACCCAUAAUACACAUCUCUGCCAACACCUACCCGCAAUUGUCAUUGCCGUCGGUAGUGACCGUAACUGCGGGCCAUCAGUUUGCUGUAAAUCGCUGGAAUUGCAAUUACACCGCAUCCGUCCAGAGUCCCAGCUAUGCAGAAUCACCGCAAUCGCCUGGCUCUAAUCUGCCGUUGACCAUCGACCCAGUGUUGUCUGCACAAAAUACAGGUCACAACAACCCAAUGAAUCGUCGUCAUUUGGGUGAUAAUUUCAGUCAAAUGCUGAAGAUCCGCUCCAAUUGUUUUGUAACAACUGUAGACAGUCGUUUUCUGAUUGCUUGCGGCUUCUGGGAUAACAGCUUCCGCGUAUUUGCCACCGAAACUGCUAAAAUCGUGCAAAUAGUAUUCGGUCAUUUCGGUGUUGUCACCUGUUUGGCCCGCUCCGAAUGCAACAUUACAUCGGAUUGUUAUAUCGCUUCGGGUUCGGCAGACUGCACAGUGCUGCUGUGGCACUGGAAUGCUCGCACUCAGAGUAUUGUCGGUGAGGGUGAUGUGCCAACGCCGCGUGCAACUUUGACAGGACAUGAACAAGCUGUGACUUCGGUUGUGAUUAGCGCUGAGCUGGGCUUAGUCGUCUCGGGAUCGACAAACGGUCCGGUACUGAUACAUACCACAUUUGGUGACCUCCUGCGUUCGCUUGAUCCGCCUAUGGAUUUCUAUUCACCUGAGUUGAUUGCCAUGUCUCGUGAGGGCUUCAUUGUUGUCAAUUAUGAUAAGGGAAAUGUGGCUGCGUACACCAUCAACGGCAAAAAGUUACGCCAUGAGACGCACAAUGAUAACCUGCAGUGCAUGCUGCUUUCGCGUGAUGGUGAAUAUCUGAUGACCGCUGGCGAUCGCGGCAUAGUGGAAGUUUGGCGGACUUUUAAUCUGGCGCCUUUAUAUGCCUUCCCUGCUUGUAAUGCGGCGAUUCGCUCACUGGCGUUGACACACGAUCAAAAAUACCUCCUUGCUGGACUCUCCACCGGUUCCAUCAUUGUCUUUCAUAUUGACUUCAACCGCUGGCAUCACGAAUACCAACAACGUUACUAGAUGCUGAGAAGAUGACAUAAAUCGUUCUAAUAAUCACUGAAAUUAACAAAACAAAAAAUCAGCAACACGCAAAAUUCUUCAAUUCCAACCCGGACGUAACAGAAGUGCAGCAAGCCAUCGCACGCUGCUGCGCACAACAAACAAAAACAUAGAUGACGUUAAACCAACAACAAUUGUGGAUAAAAUAAGGCCAAAUUGCAAAUAAGCAGGACUUAAAAUGUUAAAGAAGUUAGUUUAAAAAAAUUAAAACAAAAUUAUAAAAAACAAAAAAACAAAAUUAAAAAAGACACAAUAAACACGUAAGCCAUUUAUUUAGAUACAAAAUGGGAGAGAAAUAAAUUAAAAACAUAGUAGUAUUUGCUUUGAGUUUUGAACCGAAAUACCGGCACGCAGGUUCUAACGAACCAAAAAAUUCUUUCAUUAUUAUUAUUACUAGAUUUUCUUAGGCUAGGAGCAAAUUAUUGUUUUUUUGUUGUUGCAAAUUUUUUACAUAGGAUUACACAGCCAAGAAAUACAUAGAAAUAGUGGGCUAGACCAAUACAUUGCUACGAAUAGUUGAACACGAUGAUGAAAAAAAUUAAAAGUAAUAAAAAAAAUUAAUUAAUUAAGUAAAUAAAAGUUGCGCUGAAAUUUCUUAACUUAGUAAUUAAUAGGGUUAAGAAAGAUUUUUUUUAAUUAACGCCGAUUAAAAUUUAUGCAAAAAAAAAAAUUAGAAAUAAAGUUAAAUAGUUUUAGUGACUCCAAGAAGAGUUAUUACUUCAAAGAAAACAAAAGGCAAAAAAAAAAAGAAACAACAACAAAAACAAAGACGUAACAAAGCGGCCAAAAGAGAAAGUGCAACGUACUUAACUCAGUGUUUGUUUUUUUUUUCUAUUUUUCUUUCUCUCUUAAAGCGAAGAAAUUUGCUUAAAAGAAAUGUACUUAAGGAAAAAACCAAAAACAAAUAACAAAAGAAACGAAGAUAUUUCAAUCACUUAACAGUUUGACUAGCAAAGUUGGGCACUCACACAAAAACGCAUAGAAUUAUUAGUAGCGGGUUAAAAAAAAAUUUGCGAGUAACAUAUAAAGAUACGCAUAUUUCAGGCUUUCAAGAACCAAAACUAACAUAAAGAAUUUUACUUAUUACGCCACGGCAAUACGGGAAACUUAGAAAGCCACAUACAUUUGGACAUCUGCCAGUAGGUGCGGAAUUUUGUAGGCAAGGCGCUGAGGCACAAGACGACGACGAAAGAAAUGGGUUUUAAAAUUAAAAUAUGUGUUUGUUAAGGAAAAUUACUUUUAGCUCCAGCUAAGCAAAGAGUGAAGUUGAACAAAGAAGUGAAGCGAAAAAGAAGUGAAAGAGUUGCAGGGAAUAGUGUGAGGCGGCAAAGGCAAAAAGAAAGUAGGUAUUUGAAAGCAAAAAGGGAAACAAGGAAAGGCACAGAAACAAUGCAAUUGGGCUUAAGGCAGUGCAUGUUUCAAGCAAUAAGUUCGCAUACAUACAUACGUACACACACACAUACAUGCAUGCAAGCAUGCAUGGGCAAGUCGUACCAUUUAUGUAGUUGCGCGACGGCAUUCACUGGACUCGGCAUACUUGCGUGUAUAUGCGCAUAUAUGUACAUAAAUAUGUAUUAGUAUGCGUAAGUGUGCAUGUGUAUGUGUGUGUGCAUAUACCUGUACAUAUAUUCCACAUGUUUGUGUGCAUGUAUGCAUGCAUGUGUGCGUGUGUGUGUGGUAUACAUGCGUUGUAAUGCGUUAAUUUCUUUGCAGCAAAGUGAAAACAAGAGCAACAACCACCCUCACAACUAGAAGAAAGAACCUCUUAUUAUGUACAAUAAUUAUAUAUUCUGUGUAUGUUGUCUGUAUAAAUUUACAUAUGUGUAUGUGUGAAGUAAACAAAAAACAAAAAAAAUUAAACAAAGGUAUUUUAAUAAAAUUUUAUUGCGUCCAAUUAAACGAAGAACAAAACGAGUGUACGAUAAAGUUUGUAUUCAUGUAAAACACACUCACUCACACUCACGCACUCGCACACACACUCACAAAUAUCAUCACUUAACAAUCUUUCGUCCAACAGUUUGCGUAAGCUCCUCAUUUUUUGUUGAUUGUUGUAUAUUUGGUCGUGCAUGUGUGUGUGUAUGUUACUUUACCACUACAAGUCUAUACAUAUGUAUGUGUUUUACUAGCAUUAUUAUAUAUGUGUGUGUGUGUUUUUUAACAAAUUAAUUCGUCUAGAGUUGUAAAAGCACAACUGAGAGGUCAGUUUGAUGACCAGAUUUUGUUUCUUUUUUUUUGUUUUUUUUUUGCAUUAAUUUAAAAUCAUUAGCAUUGGCUGUUUGCUAGGUUUCCUGAGUCCAUCCACUUAAGCUAGUUUUAGGGUGUUUAUUUAAUCCCUUUUUUUUAAGUAAAAAAGGAAAAAACAAAAACAAUGGUAGAUUGAAAAGUUGUUGGCACACACUGCAUAUCCGUUUUCGCUAGCCAAAUUCGUGUUUACGCAGCUCCAAUCCUCUUAGAACUGCUGUUGAUGGGGUACUGAUGUGCGCUUACGGUACUUACUUGGACUUACACUGACCAUCCGAAAGCAGUGAGGUAAAAUUAUGAAUUAAAAAGACGUUAGUGCCGAAAACUGUUACCUUCUUUAUAAAAAAAAAAAUUUCUGCUUAGAAAAUAUUUUUUUUCACACAAAACGAAGUAGCAGAAAACUUGCGCAACGCAAAACAUUUCAUUUCCUUAAGGUAAUUUAAAGUGGAUUUGGAGAAAAAAACACAAAAAAAAUAUCAUAAAAUAUAUUCGUCCACGCCAUUCAAGCAAAUCUGUCCAUUAGUUAAAAUUCUUUAAGCAUUUUAUGCUCUUUGUUUGAUUGAAAGUUUUUAUAUACAUAUAUGUAUGUGUGUGUAAGUAUAGUUGUAUAUGUAUCCUCUACCUUGAACGUAAGGCCCAGCUGCAAUGUGCAAGCAACCGCAUUUUUUAUUAUUAUUUUGUAAAUACAACUACGUUGCCGCUACAUAAACAAAAAAAAUACAGAAAAUAAGCAAAGUUUAAAGCCAGCAAAUAGCAAACAAAAAAUUAAUAAAGUGCAGCGUUUUUUAACAACUUCUGCCGUAGCGCAAAAACUAGUAUUAAAGAAAUAUUCAUAAAUAAGCUUAAAUUCAUAUUUUGCAUGUGGUGAUGGGUUUGGUUUUAAUAACCAAGUACGUACAUAAAUAAAAAUGAAUGUCAGCAUUAAGUAAAAAGUAAAAAAAUAAAAAAAAUACAAAAAUAUUUACUAAGCAUUUGGCUGAUGGCAGUUUGUAAAUAAGGCUUAAUAUUUUGAAACCAACAAUGCAUUAAACUUAAAUUAUUAACUUAGCUACUUGCAAAUCGAUUAAAAAGCAAAAAUAAAACAAAGUGAAAUUGAAAACAUUUGUUGCAAACCAAAUUAUAUACAUAUAUAUACACUGAAGUAGAUAUAUAAAUAUUUGCAUAAUAGAGGAGAUUAGUGGCUAAUGCAAAAAGGAUAAGCGGAAAAUAAACAAAAAAAAAUUAAAAAAUUAAAUAAAACCAAAUAAGAAAAAGAGACAAAAAAAAAGAAUUAUCUAUUAAAUUAACAAAAAUGCAAAACUAGCUAUACCAAGUAACAGAAAACAAAAACAACGUAAUUUUUAUUAAUUUCGUGACAUUUUGCCCUCCAUUUGCCCCACAAAAAAGCAAGCAAACAAAAAUAAAGCUUAAAUAGAAGUGAGUAAAAAAUUAAAAAAUAAGCAAAAAAACGAAAAAAUUAAAAAUUAGAAAUUAAAGGUAAAUAUAAAUUAAAAACAAACCAAAAUAAAAACUAAAAUUAAACAAAUAUAAAAACUAAAAAUUAAGAAAAGUAAAAACUAAAAUUCAAAGAUAAUCCAAAAUAAAAUUAAAUAACAAUUAAACAAACAAAUAAAAAUUAAAUAAUUUAAAAAUGAAAACUAUUAAAAAAUUUAAAUUAAAAAUUAAAUAAAUAAAACUAAAAAUUAACAACAAUUGGAAUUAAAAUUGAAAAACUAAAAAUAAAAAUUAAAACCAAAAUUCAAAAAUAAUAAAAUAUUUAAAUGCAGAACUAAAUAAACAAAACUUGUAAUAAAUGAAAAUUAAAUAAAUAACUAAAAUUUGAAAGCAAACAAAAAUAAAAAUAAAGAAUAUUAAAAAGUAAAUUAAAAUUUCAAGAAUAAUUAAGAAUAAAAAUUAAAACAGAAAAUAAAUGAUGCAAUUCAAAAUAAACUAAAAUAAAAAAUUGUUAAUUUAAAAUAUACAAAAAUUAAACAAAUGAAUAAAAAUAAAAAUUUAAUUAAUAAAAAAUGAAAAUUAACAACAAUUAAAAAUAAAAAUUAAAAACAAAGGAAAAUUAAACAAAUAAAUAAAUUCAGGACUAAAUAAAAAAAAUUUAAAUAAAUAAAAAUUGAAAGUAAUCAAAUAUAAAAAUAAAGAAUAUUAAAAUUAAAAUGAAACUUCAAAAGUAAUUAAAAAUAAAAACCAAAAUCAAACGAAAAUUAAGGGGGGCCUCUUAUCAGUGGCUUCAAAAAAAAGUGUUUUUUCUCAAUUUUUUUUGCGGCGAAAAAAGCGACACACAGGAAUAAUCUUUUGCAUUUAUUUGCAGGCAUGAUUGAAGAGUAAUAAACAGUUUUUUAAUAUAAAUAAAAAAAAAAGAAAUGGCGGACAUAUGAGGGAUCUCGCACAGCUUCUCGUUGCGCGCUAGUAAAACG